AUGGCGCCCGGCUUAGGCGCGUUCACGUGGCCCUUGCCACUUUCGCACUUCAGCCAAAUGUACUUGGCGCGCCUGAGAGACAGACGCUGGCGUCUAGGUCUCAACUAUGUGACCGCAGCAGCGCACGUUGUAUAUGGCCCGGAGCAUGGUGAGAUCCGCAUCCAUGUGCCCAGUGCUCACAGGUGCAGCUCUUUGGAGCUGACAUCUUACAUGCAGCGUCUGGAUCACCCGCCCUUUUGGGCUAAUCUUGUCCAUGUCACGAGUGACCUGCCCUUUGCUGCUGUCUUCGCCAGUGCUGUGCGAAACUCUCACAUGCGAUGCGUGCUCUCCCCAGCGCCGGGUUUCGCCGGCCACUUCUUCCACUUGCUAGUCUCAGCAAGGGCACGAGUUCUUCGCGGUGUGCCCUCUUCGGAAGACAAUGUCCUGAUCCCACAGAAUAAUCUGCGGCAUGGGGACAUUCUUGAUGAAGGCCGCAGAUUACUACAUCCUCCACCAGACUCCAGCGCAGAGCUUGAGGGCGAAGAUGACCCCACGCAAACCUGGCCAGAUGAGUCUUCUGCGCCUAGUCAAGCUGAAAGACGGCCAGCGCCUCCAGAGCCCUUUGCUGAUGACGAUGAUCAUGAUGCCACGGCCAUGCUCCAGAUCUCUACCUCCCUGAUGCAGAGCCAGGCACGGCCACCACCCGUCAAGCAAGAGGCCUCCGUUUUGUGCUCCGCUACCAGCCGGACACAGACACCCUCAGCAAGUGCACGACCCGCGAUCACGGGUAUCCCCACCCCGUUUGGUCGCCGACAUCUGCCAUCCUGCCCCCAUGAGCCAAGGCCUGCAGGCGCGCUUAAGAGGCAGAUUGUUCAACUAGUCGAAGCGCUACCCGAGCCGGACCUGUCACAAGAACACCGUCUUAGUUUUGCAGUCACCACGGAGGUUAAGGAUUUCACUUGCCAGCCUUUUUCGCUUGCCAACCUUCACAAGGUUGUUGAUGUGCCCGGCAUGCAUCCAGCUGCCCAUCAACUGCUUUCUAGCCUGCGCCCCUGGCAAGGUCCUUUCAUCGGGGACGCCGCGAUGCUUUUUACAGACGGUUCCUUUGACCCAAACACCGGAACUGGAGCAUGGGCUGUUGCUGUUCUAGUUCGGUGCCAGAAAGAAUGGUGUUGGGGAGGAUUUCUAGCUGGAGUUUUAAGCGCCGAUCUUCAACAGCUCGUGCAGAGCGCUUACGACGCUGAACUCUUCGCCCAGCUCGUUGCUCACCUCAUUUGUCUGGCCAACCCGUGGCCCGAAACGGUUGUUGUCUUCGACGCACAGGCCGCCGCAGAGGUCACUCAAGGAAGCGCAGCCAGCGCCAGCUUCGGAGCUCUGCCCCGCGCAGCGCUGGCGGCCAGACUAUGUACUGUAGUACAGGGCAGAGAGCCUGUGCUGCAGCAUGUGCACAGCCACACAGGCCAUCCGGGCAAUGAAUUGGCUGAUUCACUUGCAACAGAAGCGGCUCGAUUAGACUUCAGCUCGGCAGAGCUUGCCAUGCAUCUCCACAACAUUAUUGCGGAUCCGGCUCUCCAAUGGCUGUGGCUUGUUCAGGCACCAGAGGGCGGCGGCUGGCCAACCCUUGAUGAGCAGGGGACUACAUGCCCCGUUGACCUCCCGCCUACAAGGGAGAGUUUUGAGACUCCGAGCGACUGGACUCCGCCCGCGGCUACCCAUCAAAGCCCGGCCCGUGAUCUCAGGAUCAAGCUCUGCACUUACAACACCUUGUCGGCACGCACCAGCUUACAGAGGCAUAGCUUGCAAGCCUACCUGCGAGCACACCACCUGGAAGUGAUUUUCUGGCAGGAAACCCGCGAAAGUGCCGAGCCCUGCAGAACCGUCGACCAUGUCUGGCGUUUUUCCAGCUCUGCAGACAAAGGUCAAUUGGGCUGCCAGAUCUGGGUGGACACUAAAGCUCAGCCUGCAGCAUGGGAUACGACGUCUUUUGCAGUAGUCUUUAGCCAUCCGCGACUACUGCUUGUCAAGGCCAAACUCUUAGGCCAGCCCGUGAUCCUCAUCUCGGGUCACGCCAGAACCUCCACUGCUUCGGACUCUGAGAUCAGCGAAUGGUGGGCUCUGCUUGAACGAGCAUUGGCGACGGCUCCACGAGGCCACAUACCCUUGAUCGGCCUCGAUGCCAACGCGCACUGGCACGGCUCCACCCCAGCCAAUGCCAAUGCCUGCCAUAUGGACGCCCUCUUGCAGCGUCGUGGCCUCGCGACAUCGGGCACCACAGAUGUGCGCGGACGGCCUAUUGUCACCUGGCGCUCCCCGCAAGGCCAUGAGCUCUGCUUGGACUUCGUCUUGCUCCCGCAAGAGUGGAUGCCUCAAGCGAGUACCCUGGGUGUUGUUCCCAUUCUGGACCAGUUUUCCGGAAUUGAUCAUGACCCACUGGUGAUUGAAGUGGCAGGACGACUGCCUUCCUCUGCCACUUCCGGGCCGCGCCGCCUUGACAUUGAGAAGAUGCAUUCGCCUGAGGGCAAGCGGAUCAUUGAGCGUAUUUUUCGCAGUGCCCCGCAGCCUGCGUGGGGUGUGGAUGUUGAUGAGCAUCUUUUCGCUCUCAAUUCGCAUUUCCAGCAGCAGCUACAGCGGGCCUUCUCCCGCCCGAAGACACAGCCCCGCAGUCCUGUUGUUUCGGCUGAUACCUGGGCGCUCCUCUUGCAAAAGCGCCAGCUCCGCCGCCAGCGGCACGGUUCCCGACAACAACGCCUCCGUCGACUCCUGCAUUUCUGCCUGCAGACUUGGGCCGAAGGUCGCUCCACCGUAGCAUGUGUCCCUAAUGCCUCUGGUGUGCUGCGGGACAUUGCUAAAGACGUCAUUCAAGGCUGCGUGCACCAUGUGCGCCUGCGUCGUCUGACCAAGCAGAUCCGCAGGUCGGCCAAUGCAGACGAGGCGGACUUCACACGCCGCAUCUUUCGGGAUGCGGCCACCGAGGGACCAUCUCGUAAAGCACACCUUAUCAGGGCAGUCUUGAAAAAUGGAAGACGAUACCGCCCUUCUAGGCUCAGUGUCGCAUUGCGAUCAGGUGACACGAUCACCACUGACCAGGAAGAGGUUACUCAGGCAUUCGGCCAGCAUUUUGCUCGGGCCGAACAAGCUGCCACAGUCAAAUUCUCGGCGCUCAGGAAGGCAGGCGUGCCCCUUUCAGCUCCGCAGACCCUCGAGGCCACUGGGCUUCCCUCCCUUGCGGACCUAGCGCACGGUUUCGCUUGCCUCCGCACGCGUAAGGCACCGGGACUCAGUGGCCUCAGCGGCGAUUUCUACCGUGCUGCGCCUGCCCUGGCAGCCCGGGCCCAUUAUCCAUUGAUCCUCAAGAUGGCCUCGAGAAAUCGCGCGCCGCUUCUCUGGACGGGCUCAAAGUAUGUGCCGAUCCCAAAGCCGCUCAAAGACAGCCUGACAGUGCAGGGAUACCGGGCCAUAGCCCUGCUAGAAUCGUCUGCCAAAGCAUUCGGCAAGGCCAUUCGGCGACCUCUGCUAGACAGUUUCGAAGCCAUUGUCCAGCCAGGGACAGCUGGCGCGCGGCGCGGUUUCCCGCUGGAGUUACCUGCGCUCGCCGGCCAGGCUUUCCUGGACUUUCUCCAUGUACGCCAGCAAUCAGGCGCGCUUCUCUACGUCGACGGCGUCAGCGCAUUUUAUGCCACAAAUCGACAGGUCCUCGGCAUGGGCUCUGACCAGCAGCGCCGGGACUGGAUCACUUCUCUUCCGAUUGACCCGGCUGUCAAGGAGGCUUACCUCAGCAUAGUCGGUGGCCAAUCCAGCCUUGAGCGUGCUCAGGUUGACGACAUGAUCCAAAGGCUCGUGAGGUCAGGCUUCUGUCCGACAUGGUUUACAGUGCAGCCAACUGACGGUUUCGUGUUCCAGACCCAAGCCGGAACAGUUCCUGGGGCGCCUUUGGCGGACUUGCUCUUCCAGUUCGCCGCAGCUCCGGCUUACCAGACCUUACAGCAAUGCCUACAGCAAGAGGGGCUUGCUGUUUCCCUUGAUGGCAUUUCCUCCCACGCCUUCACAUGGCUAGAUGACUUUGCUGUGCCUAUGCUCUCGCCAACGGCACGAGCACUUCCGGCCAGACUGGCAAGGGUUGCUGCACUCACCUCGCAGGCACUGGCUACCACGGGUGUUGCCAUGAAUUUUGAGCAAGGAAAAUCCGAGGCAGUGGUGUGCAUGUGCGGUCAGGGGUCGCAACAAGCGAAGCAGGACCUGUUUGUGGAUAAACGCGGCCGAGUUUCGGUACAGCUACAGCCGGACGAACAGGUCGAGCUCGUUUGCACACCGCGUUACACUCACCUGGGUUCCAUUCGGGGUCCCGACUGCAGCGCGUUGCCAGACAUUCGUCGAAGACGCACGCUUGCAGCUGAUGUUUGCAACAGAGUCUGCCGAAGGUUGCUGCGAAACCCAGCCCUCGAGAUCGCUGAAAAGAGGACCUACCUCUUCUCUUUAGUCCUCUCGAAGUUCAUGCAUGGUUUGGCCACCUGGGCGAUGACUACGAAGAAGGAGCAAACUGCUUACCAGGCUGCCUAUAUGUCGCUUCUGCGACCUGCAGUGCGACCCUUGCUGGGCUUCCCCUGCUGGCGCCUUACUCACGAGCAAACUUGCGCUGUUCUACACGCAUUGACCCCCGAUGAAGCCCUGCGUAGCCACAGGGUGCGCAUCAUAGCUCAAGUGACUGCAAAGGGCACACCUUUCAUGCGCGCCCUUUUGCAAGCCUCUGGACUAUGGCUGAACCAAGCGUGGCUAGCGGUCUGCUGGCUUGUAAGCCUCGAUCUCAGCCCAUCCCUCCAAGAAUGGGUGCAAACUCACACCAAGUCUGAACUGCUGCAGACCUGGCCGUUGAGUUGUGUGGAGACCACUGCGCUUCUGCGACGGGCCCGCCGCCUUUGCAUCGCAAAACGCGAACCACUGAUCCAGAGCAGCAUGCAGAAGGCCCGGGCCUUCCAUAAGGCCGAGCAGGCAGGCCUCCUGCAUUUCCGCUGCCACGUCAACCAGGACAGCCAGCAGUGCCAUCGGUGUGGAGCACGGUGCGCGUCCAAAGCCGCCCUAGCGGCGCACGUCCGCAAGGUACACGGUGUUGCGGCCCCGCAACGAGUCGCCAUGGGAACGGCUUGUCUUUGCUGCGGCAAGGAAUUUUGGGCGACUAGUCGCCUGCGGGAGCAUUUCAGAACGGCUAUCACUUGCCGCACUGUAUACGAGCAUGCGGACCUGGACACCAUUCCAGAUGAACAGAUAGGGACCACUCAGCAUCCAGUCGUCCCUUUCACAGGUCCACGCCCUUUUUGGGCAACACUGCGACCGGCCAACGCCAUUGCAGUCAAUCCUCCCCCAUCCUCUACGCAUGCAGCUUGGUUCUCCUCCUUCCUCUGCAUCACUGAGCUCGCUGGCCUUCCCCUGUUUUGUCAGCGGUGGCUCGAGGCUGUUUCCUGCGUAGAUAUUGGGGAGCUCCGCAGCUCCUGGCAACGCAUGCAGGGCUGCGUGAGCAACCAAGCACAAAGCUUUGCUCUUGCUUGGUCCCACUUUUGCAUUGACGGGCGGAGCCCGUCCUUUUUUGAGGCAGAAGGAAUAGCGUACAUGCAGAGGGAGGGGCGAGCCAUGGUGGCAGUUUCUGCGACCAUGAAGGCCGGUCUCCACCCGAAGUAUCCUGACGUUCGCCUGGAUGGCACAAAGCCAGGCUUUCCAGAUCUGCGAAUGGUUCCGGAGAACACAGGCUCCUGGUAUCGCGAUGCCAAGCAGACCAGCCUCGUGUGGGGAAGCACCACGCUGGAGGAGGAUCUCAAAGCCGCCGGAGGAGAUCUCGACCAGUUCUUAGCCGAUCCGGCGAAUGCCCAGCUCCGGUCGAGCAGGGGUUUUGAGACGGUCAUGAAGGACCUGACGGCCAAGACGAGCAAACCCUGCGCGUUGGGCCUUCGGGACUACUUCCCUUACUGGCACCAAGGUGGGCAGCAUGGGCCUUUCGGCAAACCCCUCUUAGUGGAUACCCGGGAUCAUCAUCGCCACCACAUCUUCUUCGACGACAACAUCCUUUUGGAUGACUUGGACACGAAGAUCGUGGAUGUCAGAGACAAGACCGGACGGGAGAUUUGGCCCGUCUACGCGCAGCGAUACUACCUCUGCCGGGCAGAGCCUCUGCUGGCGAUCCUGGACGACAGCUACUACGUACGAAAGGUCGAACAGUACGAGGCCCUGUUCCACCGCAAGAAGCAAGCUCUCUUGCGGCUUCGCGCUGCGACUUUAACCGUCACGUCCAUGGUGCGAGCCGGUCAGCUGAUCGAGCUCGGCCAGACCUCGAAGCAGACCUACGACGCGUGGAAGGGGGACAGAGUCAGCCUGCUGUCGACACAUUUCUCAACUUCCACUGCGAACCUGCAUGAGGAGUACGAUGAGGGCGAUGGUAGCUGA